AUCAUCCUCCAUCGUUUUCGUCCCAAGAUCUGCUACACAGUUGUUUGCUACAGGUUUUGCCACAGUGCCUUCGUUUCAACACGAAAUUUAUGGCGCAGUCGCGUAGCAGAAUGCUUCAAUAAUAUACACAAGCCGCCAUUAACAAUAGUCAAAAGAAAUUAAAAAGUUCAUUCCGAGGGCAAAGCCGUAAUUUCGCCAGGUAGAGCGGCUGCCAUUAUAUGAACCGCCAUUGUCGGCCUCGAGCUCUGAUUUUGCAAAGCAGAGGAAUGGCGGCAAGGUUGCCGGAGGAUUUUAUUUGUCCGAUUUCUUUGGAGGUUAUGUCCGACCCGGUGAUUCUUUCCUCCGGUCAUACCUUUGAUCGUGCCUCAAUUCAACGGUGGUUGGACGCCGGCCACCGGACAUGUCCAAUUUCGAAAUUGCCCCUGCCGGAGCCGCCGUCGCUGAUUCCCAACCACGCCCUCCGCAGCCUCAUUUCCAAUUACGCCGCCGUCUCGUUGCGGCCGCGGCCGCAAUCUUGUCCUCCCAGCCUUCAAACCCUAACCCAGCUUUUGCUUUCCCCUUCAUUGGAGGAGAAGCUCACCUCGCUUGAUCGACUGAACCGGGUUUCUAAGCACGACUCGUCGACCCGGCGCGGUCUGGCCGAGUCGGGGGCGGUGCCGGCGGUUUUGCAAUGCGUCGACUCGAGCGAACCGGGAAUUCAGGAAAAGGCUCUCCUUCUGCUGCUCAAUUUGAGCCUCGAAGACGACGGCAAGGUGGGGCUGGUGGCGGAGGGGAGCGUCGGCCGGGUGGUGCGCGCCCUCCGUUUCGGAGUCGGCGACUCACGUGCCGUCGCGGCCACCGUGUUGACCAGCCUGGCCGUGGUAGAAGUCAACAAGGCCACAAUCGGAUCGCAUCCAGAUGCAAUUCCAGGUUUGAUUGACCUCCUCCGUGCCGGAAAUUCCAGGGAGAGGAAAGAAGCCGCCACCGCUCUGUACACUCUCUGUUCUUUCGCCGGCAAUCGGAUUCAGGCAUUUUAUAACGGUGCCAUUCCUGUUCUGAUACAGAACGCCGCCGGCGGCCUCGAACGUGCCGUGGAGGUUUUAGGCCUGCUCGCAAAAUGCAGUCUAGCUCGAGAAGAAAUGGCGAAUUCCGGUGGGGUUGUGGAUAUGUUGAUCGCGAUUGCAGGGAAUGGGAGUUCGAGGGGGGUGCAGUAUGCCCUCUUAACUUUGAGCUAUUUGUGUUCUUACAGUGAAAGGAUUGGUCUCGAAGCUCUUAGGCAAGGCAUGUUUGAGGUAUGCAUUGGCCUUUUGAACGACGACAAUCAGAAAGUGCGACGAAAUGCUAAGAGUUUGAUUCAUGUAUUGCAGAAUCUGAUGGUUGAAGAUAGGUGUAAUUAACUGUGAAUGAUGAAUGCUAAGAAAUGUCGAACAUUUUGCACUUUGAGGGCUUCCCCUGUUUCUCGAAUUGGCA